AUGGAUUUUGAUAAGCUCUCCAUCACUGAUCGCAAGAUCAUCGUGGGCAUUGACUUUGGCACCACCUACUCUGGUGUCGCGUGGGCAGAGACCCAGCGGCCAGACAGGCGGACGGCAAUCACCACUUGGCCCAUCAACAAGACGACCCGCGAGGGUGAGUCUUCGGACAAGGUGCCUACCAAGCUUCGCUAUGCCAAGGAUGAAGUUCAAUGGGGGUUUUCUAUCCCCAUUACCGCUCCUCAAGAAGAGGUUAUUGAGUGGUUCAAGCUCGACUUGGAUCCAUCCUUGAAAAACAUUGGUCAGGCCGUUGCCAGUGAUGGUGCUCGCGGAGGCAGAGAUGCUGAUAAGCUUGUCACUGAUUAUCUGACUGCCCUUACCGAGCAUCUCCUUUAUACUCUGCGCGAGAAGCUUGGUGAGAGCGUCGUCAAAAGCACUCCUCUGGAAUUCAUCAUCACCGUACCAGCUAUUUGGAGCGAUCUUGCCAAGGACAAGACCAAGAGAGCCUGCCAAAGGGCCGUUCAGUCCCUGCCAUUGGCACCUGGCUCGUCCAAAACUCUCAUCCAUCUCGUCUCCGAACCCGAAGCCGCAGCCAUCUAUGCCCUGCAUGGAUUGGAUCCCCACGGCCUCAAGAUUGGCGACACCGUUGUCGUCGUCGAUGCAGGUGGCGGCACUGUCGAUCUCAUUUCCUACACCAUCACUGGCCUGAAGCCCAUUCUCCAGGUCCAGGAGGCUGCUCCUGGCUCUGGUGCCCUGUGUGGCUCAACCUUCCUCAACAUGCGCUUUGCCAAGUUUCUCAAGGCAAAGCUAGGCAAGGAAGAAGGCUUUGACGAGGAGGUCCUCGCUGAGGCCAUGGAGCCCGAUGAGACAUAUACAAUCCCAGUCGGUGGCCUAUCCAACAACAAGGCCCUUGGAAUCACUCGUGGGCGAUAUGCUCUCAAGGCUUCUGAUUUGAAUACGAUAUUCGAACCCGUCGUCUUAGAAGUCAUCAAGCUUGUCAAGGACCAGAUCACCGUUAGCAACGUGCCAAUCCGCGCCGUGCUCCUGGUCGGCGGCUUCGGUGCCUCCAACUAUCUCAAGGAGCGCCUCAGAAACGCAGUCGACAAGUCCAUCCAGAUCAUGCAGCCUCCAAAUGCCUGGCAAGCCGUCGUACAGGGCGCCGUCAUGAAGGGACUUGCCAACAGCGCGCCCGAUACUCUCACCAUGGUCAAGGUGCAGAACCGCAAGGCAAGGAAGCACUACGGCACGGAGUGGCGGACCAAAUACGACGAACGUGUUCAUGGCCAUAUUUCAGACAAGAAGAGCUGGAGCGGCAUGGAAGGCUAUUACAAGGUAAAUGCCAUGGAGUGGUUCAUUCGCAAGGGCGAUGCCGUCUCCGAGAACGAGCCUUACAUCACGUCCUUUGUCUGGACAGGCCUUGUGGCACACGGGCGUAUCCGAAAGAUGCGCAUGACCAUCUAUUGUGACCAGUCGUCCGAAGAAGCCCCCAUUGAUAGGAACGCCAAUGUGCAAGUCCUGGCCCACGUUGAGGCCGACGUCAGCCACAUUCCCGAGCAUCUGCUCAACCGUCGCCAGGGCAAAGACGGACAGAUGUACUAUGAACUCAGCUGCAAGAUCGAGGCUGUCUAUCUCUCCGCCUCGACUACGUAUACGCUCUUAUACAACAAUCAGCGGUACGAUACGGUCACUUGCGAAUAUGUCUAA